AUGGAAGAAGGAGAAGAUGUGCUGGAGUACAUCAUCAAGAUCAAGACGCGGGCGAGGCAGCUCGACGCAGUUGACGCUCUGGCCAGUGAGGACGACCUGGUCAUUGUCCUUAUUGCCAGUCUCAGCGAGUCGUAUGCGUUUCUUUUCAGGGCAUUGGAGUCAAGAGCCGACUCGUUGUGGUGGAAGCUCGUGACGUUUCGGCUGCUACACGAAGACUUAAAGCGCAAAGAGCAAGGUGGCAGAUUCGAUGGAGCCGUGCACAACCAAGGUCAAGCGUUCGUAUCGACGAAAAAUAGACGGCACAAGGGACGACAAGUACCAGUGAAGGGUAACAGCACCUGUAACUACUGCGGUGAACAUGGGCAUUGGAUUGCCAAGUGCCCAACUCGGACUCGCGAGAAUGCCGAGCGACAACGACCGCAGCGCGCAAACGUUGCACAGAAUGAUGACGAUUCUGACGAUUAUCUUUUCUCGGUUGGCGUCAUCACGGUUACGGCCAAGUGA